AAUGCAGUAGGCCCUACAUGGCUACAUAGUAACCAUAUCUACAAGCAUUUCUCUAACCAUCUUACAUUUAUUGCAAGCGUGUGUAAGCCUUUUGUUACUUUCUUUUCUUGCAGCUAGACGUCGAUGAAUCUGGAAUCAACGAAGCCUGGGUUGAGAUCUCUAACCGCAGAUCAUUUGUCUCCGGCGAAGGUAGUAGUCGGAAGAAGCUGCAACAAUUUACCUGCUUUAGAGCUUUGCUAUUCAAUGAGCCAAAAGUUCUUAGACGAUAAGCAUAAAUCACCGGAAAGUUCAUUGGUGGAAGAUUCUCCGUCGCCUCCACCGGUCACCACCACUCCGAUUGCCAAUUGGAAGAUCUCUAGUCCCGGUAAAUAUCUCAUCUUUCCGUCGAUUGACUCGGUGAUCUAAGUUCCAAGUUCAAAGUUUGUUGCUUUAGUGCUAGUGUUAAACAAGGAUUUUUGGAAUCAUCCUCUUCUUGUUUCAGAGGCCACAAAUCUGACUUUGAGAUUUCAUUCACAAUUCAAUGAUUGGAAAAUUGGGAUAUGUAGUCUAAAUGUUAUCAGUUUGUUGUUGGUUACAGGUGAUAAUCCGGAUGAUGUGAAAGCUAGCUUUCCAUAAAGGUGUUCGUUUGCA